AUGCUUUCCUCUUUCAAUAAGUUUUAUAGUAAAAUUUCACAAAAGUUUGUUGGAGCUCUCUGGUCAAAAGUACAUGUGUCACAAAACCACAUAUCUCCACAAGCAGAGAGGAUAAAAUAUGUCACCAGUUUUUAUUAUCAAAAUGCGAUCGAUUUAGCCACAACCAAGUCUCCAGUUAGACUAAUGCCAUUGACAAUGCUGUAUAGUGGAAAAAGUCCUGACAACAGUCACCUUGUUAAAAGUGCCCAAUACUUGCAAAGAGAAUUGCCAAUAAGAUUUGCGCAUCAGGUCUCAAGGUUUCGAAAGUUACCAUUCAUUGCUGGAGUUCAUCCACUCAUUCUUGAAGUGCAUGAUUUGUACAUCAGGAGUUUCCACAAUCUAAACAACUUCCCACCGGUUGAUUCUGAUUUUAAGGAUGAAUUAGCUUAUUGCGGUGUGUUGAAAACGUUCCUAGAGGAACACAAGAAUGAUGUGUCUUUGUUGACCAAAGGUCUCAAGGAUGUCAGAAAUUUUGUCAAGGAGAAAAAUGUGUUAGAAGAUUUUCUUGAGAAGGUACUCAAUUCAAGAAUAGCUACUGAACUUCUCUGCAAGCAUCAUAUAAUUCUGCAGAAAGAAAUACAUGGCAACAUCGGGAUUAUAACUCUAGGAUUUUCACCCAAAGCCGUGAUUGAAAAUAAAAUUAGGACCGUGAAGAAAUUAUGUGAGGAAAAGUUUGGAGUAUCAACAGAGUUUGAGAUAUCUGGUCACACUGAUGCUAAAUUCGCAUUCAUUACGCAACCUUUCGGAAAUAUAAUGCAGGAGAUUCUUUUCAAUGCUGCCAAAGCCACCAUAGAGGCAAACCCUUUACAGCCGCCAUUCAAAAUGCCUAAAGUCGAAAUAAUAAUUGCUAACAAUGAAUUGGAUUUCAUUAUUAAAGUGAGUGACCGAGGAGUUGGCAUCGAUCACAAUAAACUUGAGUUCGUUUGUGAUUUCGAUCUGUCAAAACAUGAAAACAACUUUUCAGAUGAGCAUGAUGGCUACCUUGCUGAUGAAGUGGAGUUUGGUUUGCCAGUGUGCAGAACGUAUGCACGAUGUUUGGGUGGAAACAUUGAAGUUGAUUCUAUGGUUGGUUACGGUACUGAUGUCUAUUUGAGACUGGGACACAUUGAUGGAAAAGGAGAGAGUUUUAGAAUAUAA